AUGACAAAGAAGAACCAAACUGUCAUCUCAGAGUUCCUCCUCCUGGGCCUGCCUAUCCAGCCAGAGCACCAAAACCUGUUCUAUGCCAUGUUCCUGGCCAUGUAUCUCACCACUGUCCUGGGGAACUUCCUCAUCAUUGUCCUCAUUCAUCUGGACUCCCAUCUCCACAUACCCAUGUAUUUGUUUCUUAGUAACUUGUCCUUCUCUGAUCUCUGCUUUUCCUCUGUCACAAUGCCCAAAUUGCUCCAGAACAUGCAGAGCCAAGUCCCUUCCAUCCCCUAUGCAGGCUGUCUGGCCCAGAUGUAUUUUUAUUUGUUUUUUGGAGUUCUGGAGAGCUUCCUACUUGUGGUCAUGGCCCAUGACCGCUAUGUGGCUGUCUGUUUCCCUCUGCACUACACCACCAUCAUGAGCUACGAGGUUUGUUUGGCUCUGCUGGCGCUGUCCUGGGUGCUGACCACUGCCCAUGCCAUGUUGCACACCCUGCUCAUGGCCAGGCUGUCCUUCUGUGCUGACAAUGUGAUUCCUCACUUUUUCUGUGAUACAUCUACUUUGUUGAAGCUGGCCUGCUCUGACACUCGGGUUAAUAGGUUGGUGAUAUUUUUCAUGGGAGGGCUCAUUCUUGUCAUCCCAUUCGUACUCAUCAUCCUGUCCUAUGCACGAAUUGUCUCCACCAUCCUCAAGGUCCCUUCUGCUGGGGGCAUCCAGAAGGCUUUCUCCACCUGUGGCUCCCACCUCUCCGUGGUGUCUCUCUUUUAUGGGACAAUUAUGGGACAUUUAUGCUCAUCCACGAACCAUAAUACUGUGAAGGAGACUGUCAUGUCUAUGAUGUACACUGUGGUGACUCCUAUGCUGAACCCCUUCAUCUACAGCCUGAGGAACAGAGACAUGAAGGGAGCCCUGGGAAGAGUCUUUAGCAAAAAGAAAAUUUCUUUCUCUCUAAAAUGGUAA